UUAAGUUAGGAGUGAGUGAGUCAAUCUGAGGAGAGAGGAAACAACGUAAUUUAGUAGGAUUAGACUACAACUUAAGGGGUCAUUGAGUCCAUUCCCACCGACCGUCACAUAUUUAUGCGUCUCUCAAUCUUACGACGCUCAAUCAAUCCCUACCAGAGAGAGUAGCUCCGCCGCCACUAUGUCCUGUCUCUCAUCUCUCCAGCCUUCGACCACCGCCCGCUCCUGCCUCCGCGCCACCGUUCACCGCUGCCACUCCCUUUCUCCCGCACCUCUGCCACCACCUCGCUUUCUUCUCCGCCUACCAAACCUUCGCCGCCUCACAAUCCGCUCUCUCGAUGCAGCGCAGCCGUACGACUACGAAGCUCGGAUCUCCGAUCGUUUCCACAAAUCCACCAAGCUGAAGAUCGCCAUCGUCGGUUUCGGCAACUUCGGCCAAUUCCUCGCCAAAACCCUAAUCCGGCAGGGCCACACCGUCCUCGCACACUCCCGAUCGGAUUACUCCGGCGUCGCCGACACUCUCGGUGUCUCCUUCUUCUCCGAUGCAGACGACCUGUGCGAGGAACACCCCGAGGUAAUUCUUCUCUGCACCUCGAUAAUCUCCACCGAACGGGUCCUUCGCUCGUUGCCACUACAAAGAUUGAAGCGAAGUACAUUGUUUGUAGACGUGUUAUCAGUGAAAGAAUUUCCUAGGAAUUUGUUUAUGCAAAUAUUGCCUUCGGAUUUUGAUAUUUUGUGUACUCAUCCAAUGUUUGGACCCGAGAGUGGAAAAGAUGGCUGGAAUGGGCUUCCAUUUGUGUAUGAUAAGGUCAGAAUUGGGUCUGAGCAAUCUAGAGUUUCACGGUGUGAGAGAUUUCUUGACGUUUUCGCAACUGAGGGUUGUCGAAUGGUUGAAAUGUCAUGUGUAGAGCAUGAUCGAUACGCAGCUGGGUCUCAAUUUAUAACACAUACAAUGGGGAGGGUUCUGGAGAAGUUGAAGUUAGAGACAUCGCCGAUUAACACGAAAGGAUAUGAGACUCUGUUGAAUCUGGUAGAGAAUACAGCCAGUGAUAGCUUUGAUUUGUAUUAUGGGUUGUUUAUGUACAAUAAGAAUGCUCUGGAACAGUUGGAGCGGUUGGACUUAGCAUUCGAGUCACUGAAGAAAGAGUUAUUUGGGCACUUGCAUGAUGUUCUGAGGAAGCAAUUGUUUGGGCAGGCAGAGGGACUGGUGGUUCCAGAGGAGAGACCAAUUUUGUCAGAGCUGCCUUCAAAUGGCAUCGCACUGCCACCUCCUUCAGGGUCUGUAAAUGCUCAAAGCAAUUAGUGACUUGUUUACUGAUUCACAACCAGGAUCAAAAACUGCUUUCGAACGCAUAACAAAGGCAAGAUUAUUCUAGCUGAAACAUGUCGUAGUCUAUGUUACUGUUUGGAGCAUGAGAGCAUAAAGCUCUUUUUAGUAUCUUGUUGUGCAUUCAAAAUACUAAUAAAGUAACAGUUCAUUAACGUCUGUUGACAUUCACCAUUAAAUUGACCCUUUAGUCAUAUGAUGAAUUACCUAAAGGUAGAUUUCCUAGUAUGGAUAUAUACGUUUGCACCUAGAUAAAUGCCAUGCCCUUGUCAUGUUGCAAGCACUGCAUCUUAUCUGGCAUAUGGAAGAAGUGGAGCUUUGCCAUGAUGAUGAGUAUGCUUCCAUCCUAAGACUCAUGGGAUAUUGACACUUAGCAUGAAUACAUCAUGGUACAUAUAUAAGGAUUAGUCAAUUUUAGGAAAAAAAUACUGGAAGCAUACAACUUGAUUACAUACCUUUUUUGUGAACCACAAAUUAUUGAUAGAUCCUCUUCUCUUUGCAUGCUACCUGAAAUGCUAAGUUACAAUUGCUAUGUCCUAGCACUAGAGAUUUGGUCACUUGAUUACACGUCCAUCAUUGACUUUCAGUAUGUGAAACAAUAAAAGGGUAGACAAGGAAGAACACCUAGAAGAGCAAAACCAUAAACACAAUAUUGAUGGACAGGACAGGAUGACUUAGUUGAAGAUUGCAAAAUGAGGGAGGUAGUAGAAGAACAGGAAUUUUAGAUUAUUAAUCGAGAAGAGUCUAAGCAUGAGGUAAUGGGAAACUGUCAUAGCAGUUAAGGAAGUUCCCCAGGAUGCUUCAAAAGAAGCCUGUUAGGAAAUUGAAGAAUCCUGUGAUGUUUUCCCUUGAGAAAUUCCCAAACCGACCUUUCCCCAAAAUCAAGGAAGUAGUAGAACAGGAAUUUUAAAUUAUUCAUCAAGAAGAGUCUAAGCAUGAUGUAAUGGGAAACUGUUAUAGCAGUUAAGGAAGUUCCCCAGGAUGCUUCAAAAGAAGCCUGUUGGGAAAUUGAAGAAUCCCAUGAUGUUUUCCCUGAGAAAUUCCCAAACCACAUCUCCCUUCACCCAUUCUUCAGCAACCUAUAGAUGUUGUCUUACAAAUGAUCCUUCCUACUUUACCUGACCAUUGAAUGAAACUCAUUGAAUGGGUUGAGUUAGGUAAAGCACUUAGCAAACUGCAUUAUUCUAAUUCUCUCAAUGAACCUUUUGUUGACUCAUUCUAUUCCUCUCAACAAGCUCAAGUUCGAUUUCAAUUACCUUUAUACUAUGCACACAAGUUUAAAAUUGACAUUAUCAUUAGCAGAUUUAUUUUACCAGAGAUAGAUAGAUUCAAAGUUUUCUUGUUCAUUGGG